AAUGCAUUGUGGGUAAGCCAUAGCUCGGCUAACUUAGCAAUAGCGAUAGCUACCAUUGCUAAUCAGUUGUUGCUCUCCAGGACAACAUCUAAAUCAGUGCAAAUUUAUCAACGUCGCAGACUGUGUGUUGAUGAGAAACCGAAGGUAAAUAUGGAUAUAUACCGUAAGAGAAGUGUAGUGUGGAGCUAUUUUAAAAUAAUAGAUUCCAGCUCGGUGCACUGUCUGCUGUGUAAUAGUAACAUACUCCGAAACAAUCGUGGCUCCACCACUCCACUGCUGAGACAUCUGCGUCUCAAACAUCCCACCGAGGUCUUCAGGAGAAAUAAUGGACAAGUAGCUGAAAGAGUUAUCAGUAACGAACCUCAAGUCAUGGAACUAGACGGCGAACAAUUCUGUUGUGUGGAAGUGGCGCUGGAGGACGGAGACUCUUACACCAUGACCACAGUGAAUGAUGAUUCUGCAGUCGGUGGACUACUUGAGAUGUCUCAGAAAGAUGCAGCUGAACAAAUUAAACAUGAGGAGGCGUGUGGCGAUCGUCCUGUGAAACAUUCACGCAGACGCAGUUUAAUUUGGAGGAUUUUUGAACAGUUGGAUAGUUCGGGUGCUGCACGUUGCCGCAUUUGCGCAAAGAAGUUACAUGUAAGUGGAGGCAUCAGCAACCUCCGCCGACAUUUGUCAACGAGACAUCCCGAGGUGCUCUCUGACCUACUAGCCAGCGGCGAGCAACCUCCUGUAGAUUCCUUACAGGAUUUACAUGAUGAUGGUCUCACUAAUGAAGCCUGUUUGGGAACAGAGCAAAGACAUGGUCCAGAGGAAGCGGUGCUGGAGGAAGGCAACUCAAACAUCAUGACCACAUUGAUUAAAACUGAUCCUCCUGUCAUCAGUGGCCUCCCAUACACUUUGGAAGGAGAUUCAGCAGAACAGCCAACAAAUGCUAAGACGAGUGAUGAUUGCCCAGAGAGACACACACGCAGAAAGAGUUUGAUUUGGAAGUACUUUGAUCGAUUGGAGAGUUUGGAUGCCGCUUGUUGCCGCGUUUGCAUGAGGAGGUUGCAGUGCCCUGAAGGUGGUGGCACUAGCAAUCUGCAUAGACACUUGUCAAAGAAACACCCAAAGAUAUUCUCUGAGCUUGUAUCAAACCGGCAGAAUUCAUCACACUUAAAUGUAAAACAGAACUCAAAUGCUGAGGGUGGGAUUUGGAACACCUUUUUGGAGACUCCAGAGGAAGCACCGCUGGAGGAGAGCGACUCUAACAGCAUGACCACAUUGGAUGAAACUGAUGAUCCUGUCAGCAAGGACCUCAUGGAUACAUUGCAAGGACAUUCACCACAACAGACAACGUAUUCAUGUGAUUCCAACGGUAGACGGACUCUCCGACGUAGUUUGAUUUGGAAGCACUUUGAGCGAUUGGAGAGUUUGAACGCUGCUCGUUGCCGUUUAUGUAUGAAGAAGUUGCAGUGUUUUGAGAGUCGUAGCACCGGCAAUCUACACAGACACUUGUCCAAGAGGCACCCAAAGUUGAUCUCUCAGUUUAUAUCUGACCCUGCAAGUGAAUUGAAGGAUUCAAGAGCAUCUCAAGUUGAAAAGCGAGUGUUCAACAGGGAGAGGGAGCUGAUAGAAGCUCUGAGGAGAGCGCAGAGAGAAGAGGCUCAGACGCUGGAGCAUCAGAGGGAGCUGCUCGAGAAGCUGCGAGCAGUCAGUGCCAGAGAGGCAGCUGCAGAAAAGGAGGAGAUUGAGUUGCUGAGGAAAGCACAACAGGAGGAAGCCAAGGACUUAAGUAAACAACAAGAAGAGCUGGAGAAGGGAAAAGCAGAGCUUCAGAAGAAAUGGGAUGAGCUUCAACAGGAAAAAGAAAAGCUUCUAUUGCUCUCUGGAAGCCAGGAAGGCUCCUGAUUCUUUUACAUCACAGCAGGACUUCAGGGCUUAAAUGUUUUUUAUUUUUUAUCUGUUCUUUAAAUACUAUUAGACAUAUUCAAAAAAAGCUAAAUAUAUGUUGAGCAGAAUACCAGUGCACUGUUGAUUUAGUAGCGGUUGCAGCAGGUGUCUUGGCAUCAGCUGUAGAGAAAUUUGAUUCAGAUGUCUGACUGCAUUUCGUCCUGCAUUCAUUCAAAGUCACAACAAGCAAUGUUCAGUUGUGUUUACUAGAUAGAUACUUUAUUGAUCCCGAGGGAAAUUCAAGCAUCCAGUAGCAUAUACAUACAUCAAAGGU